AUGUUGGAUGAGGCGGCAGAAGCGGAUCAUUACGAUCCACUGGUAGAUUUAAGGCUUGUUUCCCGGAAUUCAUGUUCAUCUGGAGACGCAUAUUAAUUUGACACGCUUUCGCUUUUCUACUUAAGGGGAGAACUACAAGAAUACGUUAGUUUUAGUUACUUUACAGAUGCUCUCCAAGAAAGAUCAUGAUGCUGAACCAAGGUAAGGAGCUCUAAUAGAUCAUGAGGAUGAUGAGGUCGUGGACCAAACCGCUUUCUCUUUUCUUCAGACCGCCAGUGCUGAUGUUGACUCAUGGGAAGCUAUGCAAAAACAGCUAGAAUUGCUCAAAAUGCUCCAACAAAGUCGGCCAAAACGAAAGUUAAGGCUACUAGAUUUUCACUAUCCCCACGUGUGGAGUAUGCGCCUGACCAGCGUCAGUUCCCCUCAACUUUCUCGGUGUUUACAUUACAUUGUGAUACCGAAAAAUCCUCUUCCCCUUUCCCCCUAUUCUAGUAGUGUGUGCGUCUACAGUUAGACUAAGUAUCUAAGUGCAGGGUAGUGACAUGGAUACAGCCUACAAUCUAGUACCUUUUUGAAAGGGGAAAUCAACUCAAAGGGGGCGCGCGGCAUCUGCUCACUUGCUCACUCAUGUAGGGAUCGAUAGUGAAAAACCGGCGUUAAGAAAGGCCAGUGGCGUUGAUCCGAUUAGAAGCAUUAGAGAACACAUCGAUGCCCUUCUGGGGGUCGCAUCUUCUAGCGUUAGU